UCUUCAUCUCUAUCUUCAUAAGAAAUAGAAACAGCCGCUGCCAUGGUUGUGUUUCUCGAAAGGACUAAAUUGAGAAAUCACAUUUGAGUAGACGUGGAAGCUAGGAAAACUGGGUUCAACUGGAACAUCAUUUUGACUCACGCAGAACCAAACAGGGAUGAAUCUUCAUGCCAUGGUUUCUUUACCUUCUGUUGUAGUUGUUGGUGUCACUGCAACUCUUAAGCUCCACCCACAAUUCAGAAAAUACCCACCAACAUCUUUUCCAAUAGAUAAGGGUCAAAGCAUUUCAUUACAGAAAACCCACAUAUCCACACAUUUGGAUCCCAACAGAAACCUUAAAUUUCAAGAAGCAUUUUCAUUGGCAAAAGAAAGUAACGAAGAAGUGGAUUCAUCUUUCUACCCUCCCUUGUUACAACAAUGCUUGGAAAAUUGCUCCUUUUCAUCCACACAAAUUAUUCAUUGUCACAUAGUGAAAACAGGUAGUCAUGAAGACCCUUUUUUGUCAUCAUUUCUAGUGACCGUUUACGCCAAAUGCGGUAGAAUGGAGUGUGCUCAACAAGUAUUUGAUCACAUGAAUAGAAGAAAUGCUGUUGCUUGGACAAAUUUAAUGAAGGGUUAUGUGCAAAACUCAAUGCCAAAACAUGCUAUACAUUUGUUUGAAGAGAUGCUGUUACAUUCAGAGUGUUACCCUUCAAAUUACACUCUUGCUAUAGCCCUUAAUGCUUGUACAUCUUUGCAUUCAUUGAAGUUAGGAGAACAGUUACAUGCUUACAUAAUCAAAUACCAUGUUGAUUUUGACACAAGUAUCGGCAAUGCGCUUUGUAGUUUAUACACGAAAUGUGGUGGUAAAUUGGAAGUUGGUCUAACAGCAUUUAGGAGAAUCAAAGAAAAGGAUGUUAUUUCUUGGACUGCAGCUAUUUCUGCAUGUGGCGAAAAAGGUGAAGCUAUGAAGGGUGUGAGAGUUUUUGUUGAGAUGCUUUUAGAUGAAGUUCAGGUUCAACCUAAUGAGUACACUUUAACUAGUGCCUUGAGUCAGUGCUGUGAGGUUAAGUGCUUAGAGCUUGGGAUUCAGGUUCAUGCUUUGUGUACUAAAUUAGGAUACGAGUCAAACCUACGAGUUCGGAAUUCUUUAUUGUAUCUGUACCUUAAAUGUGGUUGUAUUGUUGAAGCUCAAAGGUUGUUUAAAGGAAUGAAUGAUGUUAAUUUGGUAACAUGGAAUGCUAUGAUUGCUGGACAUGCACAAAUGAUGGAGCUUUCAAAGGAUAAUCUUUCUGCAUACCAAAAAGGAAUUGAAGCACUCAACCUUUUCUCGAAGUUGAAUCGGUCUGGCAUGAAACCUGAUCCGUUUACCUUUUCAAGUGUGUUGAGUGUUUGCAGUAAAAUGAUGGCUUUAGAACAAGGUGAACAGAUUCAUGCUCGGACAAUCAAAACCGGGUUCUUAUCAGAUGUUGUUGUAGGUUCUUCUAUGAUUAAUAUGUAUAACAAAUGUGGGAGCAUUGAGAGAGCAAGCAAAGUUUUUCUAGAGAUGUCUAUUAGAACGAUGAUAUUAUGGACUACAAUGAUUACUGGUUUUGCACAGCAUGGUUGGUCAAAGCAAGCAUUGAAUCUUUUCGAGGAUAUGAAACUUGUAGGUAUCAGACCAAACCUGGUCACUUUUGUCGGCGUUUUAUCAGCUUGUGGAAGUGCUGGUAUGGUCAAUGAAGCAUUCAAUUACUUUGAGAUUAUGCAAAAGGAAUAUAAAAUUAAACCUGUGAUGGACCAUUAUGUUUGUUUGGUUGAUAUGUUAGUGAGGCUCGGACAGGUACAGGAAGCUUUCGAUUUGAUAAAGAAAAUGGAUUAUAAGGCUAGCGAGUUUAUUUGGUCAAAUUUGAUUGUUGGUUGUCUAAGCCAAGGGAAUCUAGAAUUGGGUUGUGAUGCUGCAGAAAAGUUGUUAAGUCUCAAACCAAAAGAUACAGAGACAUACAAAUUGCUGUUGAAUGCGUACGUCUCAGCCGGACGAUAUGACGAUGUUUCUAGGGUGGAGAAUAUAAUGAGAGAAGAGAAAAUUGGAGAGUUAAAAGAUUGGAGCUGGAUUAGCAUCAAAGACAGAGUGUAUUCAUUUCAAACAAAUGACAAAGCAGACAUAGAAAGUUCAAUAGGUAAAUCAUUGGAGGAUUUACAUAUCAAAGCAAAGAAUCUUGGAUAUGAGAUGUUAGAAUAUGUGGAAAAAAGUGACAAAGAGAAAGAAAAGACAUCCUCACCUACCAUUUAUCACAGUGAGAAGCUAGCCAUUACAUUUGGGUUGGAGAAUUUGCCAAAUUCUUCACCAGUAAGAGUUGUUAAGAAUACCUUAAUGUGCAGGGAUAGUCACAAUUUUGUUAAGUACAUCUCAACACUGACUAGUAGGGAAAUCAUUGUUAAAGAUAGUAAGAGGCUACAUAAAUUUGUCAAUGGACAAUGCUCAUGUGGGAAUAUUGGUGGUUUUCUCUGAUAUCCUCCAAGAUGCAGCUAAAAGUUCAUGAAUUGUGCCAAUCAAAGAGAUGGCCAAAAGCAGAUACAUUUUUUUUCACAUUUCUGCAUUUACAUCUACAGCACAGAGGUUACUUACAUAUUGACAAACUUUGAAUUGUUAUAGGAAGUUAAGUUUUGAAUUUCGAUUGUAGCUUGACAAAAAAAAUACCAUGUAUUAACUAGGUGAUACAAAUCGUUUACAUAUGAUAAAUUAUGUACAAAUGGCUUGCACAUCAAAAGUAUUACAUAUUCAAGUGUAAACUAUGAUUAGGCAUG